CAAAAAUGCUUCCCCAUGAUCCACUAUUCUGCAUCUCACUUUCAUCGAUCAUCACACGGCCGGUCGUCUCCGACUUUCACCCAAACGCAACUGGUCAACAGUUCUGUCUCGUCUCUAAUCUCUAUCUCCAUCAACGAUUCUCUUCUCUCGUGUCUCCUCUCUUCUAUCCAACUCCUCAAGUACCGUUUAUACCACCUGCCACCGGAUACACCAAGUAUAUAUUCAAUGGCAUCUUCUUCAACUUCAUCAAUUCACAAGAGCUUUAAGUAUGAUGUGUUUUUGAGUUUUAGAGGUGAAGACACUCGCACGAAGUUUGUGGAUCAUCUGUAUCAUGCGCUUCAGCAGAAAAGCAUUCGCACUUACAAGGACAACGAAAAAAUCAAAAAAGGAAAAAAGAUUAGUGAAGAGCUCAUUGAAUCCAUUGAAGACUCAAAAUUCUACGUCAUUGUUUUCUCCAAGAACUAUGCCUCUUCAUCCUGGUGCUUGGAUGAACUCAUGAAGAUAAUGGAAUGUCAUAGAACAACUGAGCAUACUGCGUACCCCGUCUUCUAUGAUGUGGAACCUUCCGAAGUCUGCAAACAAAGUGGGGCAGUUGAAGAAGCCUUUGCCAAACAUGAAAAGGAAGAGGCUGCUGGGAAAUGGAGAGAGGCUCUGAAAGAAGCAGCAGAUCUGGCUGGGUGGGAGUUGAAGAAUACUGCUAAUGGGCAUGAAGCUAAGUUCAUUCAAAAAAUCGUUGAAGAGCUUUCACAAGAGCUACAUUCCAUCAGUUUCAACAUUGAUAAAAAGUUGGUAGGAAUGGAGUCCAGGAUGAAGGAAGUUGUUUCAUCUUUAAGAAUUGGUUUUGAUGAUGUUUGCAUGAUGGGCAUUAAGGGGAUGGGAGGUGGUGGGAAGACUACUUUGGCUAGAGCUGUUUUCGAUCAAAUAUCCUUUCAGUUCGAAGGUAAAAGCUUUGUUGAAAAUGUCAGGGAAGUUUCAACCGCUUCUUUUUCCGGUUUGAAGUCGUUGCAAAAUCAAAUCCUUUCAGAUGUCUUAAAUGAUAAAGGCAUCAAUGUAAAUAGUGUUUAUGAUGGGAAACACGUGAUAAAGAAGAUGAUGCCUAAUAGGAAGGUUCUUAUUGUUCUAGAUGAUGUGGACCAUAUAGACCAACUUGAGGCAUUAGCGGGCGAGCCCAAUUGGUUUAAGCCGGGAAGUAGAAUUAUUAUUACAACAAGAGAUGAGCAAGUGCUAUUAGCACACCGAGUGAAUGUGAUUCGUGAUGUCAAUCUCUUAUCGUUUAAUGAAGCAAUUUGCCUCUUCAAUAGGUAUGCAUUUGGUAAAGAGAUCCCGGUUCAUGGUUACAAUGAGCUAUCUCGACAAGUUGUAUGCUAUGCUGCUGGUCUUCCCUUAACGAUUAGAGUUUUGGGUUCUUUUCUCUGUGGUAAAAAUGAGUUUGAAUGGAUAGAUGCCCUAGAAAGACUAAAAACGAUUCCGGAAAAAGAAACUUUGAAAAAAUUGGAAAUAAGUUAUAUUGCUCUAGAGGAAGAUUACAAGGAAAUAUUUCUAGAUGUUGCAUGCAUCUUGAAAGGUUGGCAGAAAGACUUGGCAAUCAAAGUGCUUGAGAGCUGUGGAUUUCAUGCUAGAAAUGGUUUAAGAGUUCUUGAGCAAAAAUCUCUCAUAUUUUUCGAUGAUAAACGUGUGCAAAUGCAUGACCAUAUUGUAGAAAUGGGCAGGAAUAUUGUUCGUCGUAGGCACCCGAAUAAGCCUCACAAACAUAGCCGUUUGUGGAUUGAAGACGAAAUUCAAGAGAUAUUGGCUAAUGAUUUGGGUACUAAAGCAACAAGAUGUAUACUAAUCCACCAUAUGAAGCUCGAUCCGCAUAUUCUUAUUAAAGGUCUUAGAAAGAUGAAGGAACUUAGAUUUCUUUAUUAUGUAGUUGGAAAUCAUUUCCGGGAUUUGGAAUUUAAUAAUAAAGCUAUCCCGGACCUUCCAAAUGCAUUGCGAUGUCUAUGUGUGAACUAUUAUCCUUUUAGGUCUUUACCCACAACAUUUCAAGCAAAUAAUCUUGUGGCACUUGAGAUGGUAGACAGCAGAAUUGUACAACUUUGGGAAGGGUGAGAAAACAAGGUUCUUAACAAGUUGAGAUUCCUUGACCUCAGUUAUUCGCAACGACUGAAUACCCUUGACAUAGGGCUUACUCCAAAUCUCGAGACCUUGAAUCUUCGACACUGUUAUGAUUUGGUAGAAAUUCAGAUGUCCGGUGG